AUUAAGAAUUUGUCUGAUUUUUACAGGCAGGCACUCUUAAAUGUUUUUCACUGACUUGGCGGCUUAUAUUUGAGAACAGAAAAUAAUUUCCAUAUUUAAUAAAGAAAAGGUUAGAACUCGGUCUGUAUGUUCACUCUUUUCCAGUCUUCAUAAUUCAAGAACUACCGAUCCUAAUCACUGUAAGCAAGUGUAACAAAAGCGUCUACGAGCCAAGCAGUGUAAAAAAAGAAAACUAUUUCAGUUAAAAUAAUCAGACCUAAACAAAUUCGCGUUUCCUUCGAUAAUGAUAUUGCCACGCACGCAAACACUGAAAUCAAUGACAACAAAAAGCUGAUUCUUACAAUUUGUUUCGUUUAGAAAUUUAAAUGCAGUGAUUCCAUGAAGAAAACAAUAUAUAUGGUAUUAAGGUUUUAGGGUUAGAGUAAAAUCCUUGAAAAGCCCCGAUAAUUAGCUUUUUAAAUGUACAGGUUAUGAAAUAAGUUGCCGAAAAGCCCUGCGGGCACGCUCAAGUUAAUUUCCGUUAAAAACUGGCUUCCCAAUUCAGACUGAUAUGUUCCUCUGGGAAAUAUUUCCCGUAUAUCACGGAAAGUUUUAUUUCAGCGUCACAGUGGCUUUGAAAACAUUGCCCAAAUCUAACCGCUCGUGAAAUAACUGUAUUUGAGGUGUUUGCCCGUGGUAUGAACCGUUACUGAAAUGCGUGCAGAUUUCAUCUAAGAUUUCAUGAUCAACAGUUCGCGAGAGCAAUUAUCACAGAUUUUCUGAUCAGUCACGUCCACGUUUAUCUACGAGUCGAAUUACGAUCAGAUUUACGAUUUGAUCGACCUAAUUAUGACAAUAUCUAGAUUAGUCACGGUCGCUGUGAUUUUUUUUUUUAAGUUUCAGUUUGUUUAUUCCUCUGCAAAUUUGCCUGCAUUCUGUAAAUAAAGCCGAUAUCCCAUUCUAAAAAACUGAGAAACGAAAACAAAAAACUUUAGACACCUGCCGCAUGCAUCGAACGCAUGACACCACACACCCAUUUACCCUUAAAACGCAAAUGGGGGUUUGCAUGCACAUUAAAUGCUCACCUCUAUGAUGUACCUCACCCUUUUUCUACUAUCUUUUGAGAACUUUUUCUGCUUGCUUUGUUUUGGCUUAAAUUCAAUUUUCUGUUUUAAAUCGGACUAACAGCAGCGUGUAACUAGGUAAAGAGUAUUUUUCAGUUUCAAUUAAUGUUAGCUAAUUAAUCUAGGCGCUAAAACGCAAGCGCGAUUAGCAGCAGUCUGGUCACCGCCUGCACCAGCUACUGUUCGUGUCCAGUCCUCUGCGCACUCUACCAUUCGGUCAAGUUCGACUUAUUUAUUUUCAAUUGAGCGCGUUGAUCAGCCCUUUCCGUUCAAAAGAAUAAUAGUGGAAAAUACAAAUAAACAACGUAAUUAACGGCACAUCAUGAUGGCUAUUAAAUCUCUUAUACUGUCCACAUGUAACAAUGUUGCGACAUAACGUUGUUCACGAGAAACUAUGAUCUAGUCUCUUACUUCAGUUUAUUGAAAUAGUAUUUUAGAUGCCAUCAGCAAUUUGAGUUUUCUACUGCAGAUUUUUUGAGUCAAAUUUUAUUUUCUGACGAUGUUUUUCUCUGUAUCACCAAGUGAUUUGUCAAGAGAUAAGUGAGACACUUUUAGAUUUCCUGGCCAUUUCUUUCAGUCUCCCUUUGCUUAAUUAAAUCGAAGAGAUUUUCAAUUACGGUUCACUCCUGUCUUUUGUGAUGAGCGUAUUCAGCGGCCGGAUGGCUCACCGUGCCACUGUACAUCAAAUGCGAACCCUUUAGCUAUGACGUCACGGGCGCUUUGAAAAGGACCUUUAUUUUGCGCCCGUUUCUUUCACUGCGUUUUGUGAAAUUCCGACAUUUUGAAAAUAAAGCAGCGGAGGUUGAACGCCAGAAGGAAAAACACAUUCACACUAUCCGAGCAAGCACUUAAUUGCGAAAAGGAAAUUUGUCAUUUUCAGUCCGUGAAAGAUACCAAAUGAGUUUCAGCUGAUCUCGUGGAAACACAAGGCUCAAGUUUGUUUUUUACGGGCGGUCUCGAUUUCGAGAACGCCGAUCGUAAAAAACAUAAAUAUAUCUGGCAAACAGAAAUUUUAGAUUCGCAACGGAUGGAAAGAUGUCCGCGGUAUUCCUUGCUGUCAUGUUUGUGUGUGCCAAGCCAAUUUUUGGUGCUGAUGAAGAUAUAAAAUCACUGGUAAUGGAAGGACAUUUCAAGAUAAAAUGCGAGGAGAUGUAUGGUCAACCAUCACCGUCGAAUGAAACGGGGAUCAAUGGAAGUCUUCGCCAUUACAAGUGCGACGACGAAUGCAAAGAGUGUGUGAAACCAUUAGAGUUUGAGGAAAAAGGAGUGAAAACAUUCGCUGACUGCAUAGGAGAGUGCAAUAAAACCGACCAUGGAGACCCAUGUAAGCAGGGAUGUGACUUCCUUCACCGCAUUGUAAACUCGGGUAGGGAAGGUGGCGAACCGGAUGGUAUUUGGUACGACACGAGGAACAUAGCUGUUAAAGGUCCCUACCUCUUCUGUCGGACGUAUUCUGAAUUGGUGAUUAACGUUGAGAUUCAACUUCUUGGUGAAAGCUCUCAUGUUGAGCCUGUGUGGUUCAUUUUUUACCAUAGAUUCAACAAAAUGAAACCAUGGGGAACCUUGUUAGGGAAUGAAUUACCGUUACACGUAACCCUUGACAAAGGCCAGUCCAUGCAAGUGGCUGUUGCUGUAGUAACAUCCAACGGACUGCAUCUUUCAAAGAGCUCAAACGUGUCCCGCCAUGAAGGAGAAUGGAUGACCACGUUAAAUGAUGAAGAUCUUUUGGACCCUCCCAAAGAUAUCCACGUUAUAGUUUUAAGCCCAACCCAAGGACAACUGACUUGGAGUAUAGCCUCAAGUAGUAAAACGUGUGACUAUGAUAUUUACUGGCGAGCCGUUGAAGCACACCAUUCGUCCUCUGAACAAUUUCGUGUCGAUCGAAAUAAGCAACACGCAAGCACUACACUCUCCUACCUACUAGAAGAUCUGGUGCCAGGAGAUGAUUACACAUUGGAUGUUUAUUCUGUAGCUGGAGGCAAGGAGAAUGGAAGCACUGUGUAUUUUGUGACGCCUCUCUUAGACUGCUUCAACGAAACUGGCUUUUUCAUCUGCGAGCUCGGGCCACCGGAAAACCUAACUCUGCUGAACGUCACGCACCAGUCACACAAUACCUCAACAGCCAUGGUCACGUGGUUGCCGCCCCACAAUUUAACGGAUAUAGAUGCUGUUCAAGAAUACAGCCUCGCGUGGACAAAGAUGCCUAUAAUGAGCAAACAAAUGUCUGAACCUCAUUCAGACUCUGCAACGUUACCACCAGAAAACACCACCUUUCAGCUAGUUGGUCUUCACAAUGGAUUCACCUACGUUUUGAAGGUAGCUGCAGUGUCACCCAAAAAAAGGAAAGGAAAGGAAGCCAAACUCUAUUUUAACACGACAGACCCUCUUAAGGAAGGUACGAAAUACGCCCAAGGAGGACCCAGCCCAGAGAGCAAACAUACCUCGUAUCUGCUAGUGACGGGUCUUGUGGUGGUGGCUGUUCUUGCCUGUUUUUUCGGUGCCACUUACUUGUACAUCAAGCGGAAGUACGGGAGCAUGUCAUCAGCUGUGCAACAGAUGCAGGUUCAGUACAGUAAUGGACGGCGAGCUGUGCUAUUGUUGAAUGGAGACACAUAUUACAAUGAUCUACCCGGCAUUGAGCCGGAUGAAUGGGAAGUGGAGUACAGUGGGGUGGCCUUCGGACAACAAAUUGGCGAAGGCGCUUUUGGAACGGUUUCCAAGGCAACCGUGGUUGGUUUAAUGGGUUUUCCAGCGCUAAAGGAGGUUGUUGUAGCAGUCAAGAAACUGAAAGCAAACGCCAACCUAGAAGACCGACGCAACUUCCUCUCAGAGAUAACACUGAUGAAGAGCAUCGGUAAACAUCUAAAUAUCGUCAGCAUGCUGGGCUGUGUGACAACUGGCGGUCCGCUCUGUCUUAUCACUGAGUACUGUCCACAUGGAGACCUCAGAAAUUAUCUCAGACUUAUUAGAGAUAAGAAAAAGAAUCCGCACUUUAUUCUUCCAAGUGAUUUUGUGAGCCCGGUGAGAAGAAAGAAGGGAUCGACUGGUAGUAAAGGAUCCAAGAGCCCAAGUCCAGUGAAGAAACUCAAGCAAGCUUUCUCUGCGAGCUGUCUACAAGUUCAAAACAGUGACGACGAGAAUGUACCGGAAAAUACUGAGGGAACAUUCAUUUCAAACUACUGUUUAAAUCCCCGAGAAGCUGAAAGUAGCAACAGUCUGUUGUCAUCAGUCAGUUGCCUUUGUAAUGAGGCUUGCAACUGCUCAGCCCACCAGGCGAUAUCCCCCGGAAGUGACUACGUGAACCGCCAGCGCAGCUGGAGCAACGGAUCUAGUCAUUCCUUGCAAACGCCUAAGUUGAAAAGUCAACAAAAAGUCGGCACUUCAGCUCCCCCAACGCCAGUGAAUCUUUCGCCCUGUGUAACGCCAAAUCUUUCAAGGAACGGGAGCAAGUUGAGCUCUAUUCAGGGGGGUGACAGCAACCAAGAGAAGGGCGAUGACAUCUGCAUCGUUGUGACAGAUGCCGAACCAAGCAAAAGUCCCUGUCCCUGGGGUGGGUCUGAUAAAGGAGCAAGCGGCGACAUGUGGACGGCAAAUUUUAUCCCAAUUACCGAACAAGAGCAAAACUCGCCAAAGAAAAGACCUUCGACUCCAGGUCAAGUUAAAAGCGAGGAGCGAUCAUUGAAUGACAGCAGGGAGACGAGCCUGGAACAGGAUACUCGACAAGAACUUACACAGAAAGUCCUGCUGUCAUUUGCACGACAGAUUGCUGUUGGCAUGGAAUAUCUGUCACAGAAAAAGUUCAUUCAUCGAGAUCUCGCAGCUCGUAAUAUUCUCGUUUGCGAUGACAAUUUGGUGAAAAUAACUGAUUUUGGUUUGACCAGAGAUGUGUACGAGAGUUGUGAAUAUCAAAAGGCACAGAGUGCAGGAAAACUGCCUAUCAAGUGGAUGGCCAUAGAGUCACUCUUCGAGAAUAUAUACACUACACAAAGCGACGUGUGGUCCUAUGGGAUUGUUCUGUGGGAGCUUAUUACUCUUGGUGGCUCUCCAUAUCCCGGCAUAUCUGGUCGGGAAAUUCAUAAGUUGCUUAAGAAUGGAUACAGAAUGGAAAAACCAGAGACUUGUAGUCAGCAAAUUUAUCAGAUGAUGUUGUCGUGCUGGACAGCUAAUCCAGAGGGCAGACCAAGCUUCACAGAUUUGAGAAACGACUUGGAGAAAUUAUUGGAAGAACAAGAAGAUGAGCUCUACAUUAGCGUGAACUGCGCCGAAUUUGAUGAUUACUGUGCCCUUGUUGAUAACCCCAGCAGCUCUAGCGAAGAUGACGAGCUUGCCAUGCUAACGAAUGACCAAUAGUUUAAUGAAUGCACGAACGAGGAAAAAACUGGGGUAAAUCAGGAGAUCUAGAAUGCCGACGCAUUUAAUAAUCUGAUGUACGACGAUGUACAAAUAGCUCAUAACAUAUAAAAUACUCUAAAUAAUCGUUGGAUAUUGCUCCUCAGUAGCAUUUUCUAACACUAACACGAACUGUAAAAGUAAAUUUAAUGAUUUUCAUCGAUCCGUUCAGUUUUUUAGCUCAUAGUUUGCUGCCCGUUUCCGGCGUUUUCUACAAAACGUUCUGCCUAUUUUCGUUUCAAACUCUUAAAAUCCUCGACACAACAAAAACGAAGAUGCGGUGGUUUUUUUUUUGCGCUUGACCUUUUUAGAGGAAAACCAUGGGGGCGCAGUUGAUGUUUUUGUCCAAGUGUGGCAAUUGCAAAAAAAAAUGAAACAGUUUCCAUUCCACGAGAUUUCCUCGGUGCUUGUGCUGUGCAAGUUCACGCGUGUUUUAGCUUGUGUUUGUGAUGUGUUUGCGCUUACAUCAAACGCAUCAGGGUGUAAAGCUUACCCAUCGCAAUUACACCCAACAUUUUGUCAAGUUACCUUAAAAAGUCACGGCAAAUUCGCGAAUCUGGUCAGUUGGGUCUCGGCUCACAUGGUGUUUAAGCUAACUACAACGGCAAAGGUGACGAAUCAUCGUAAAUAAAAGGUUUUAAAAAUGAACGGUUCAUUGGCUCUGCACGUGCGUUAUAAACAUAAGCGCAUUUGUUGCUCUCAGCCAUCGUGAAAGGACCAAACACUGCUUAAUCUGGAGAGCGUGAACGACAAAAAGCAAAUAAAUGUCUUUUUCGAAUUCAAGGCUGUCUUACAUAGUCAGUGUUUAGAUAGCUGACAAUGACAGAAAAACUGAAUGACUGUAGAUUAUCGCGACGAGAUUCGUACUUUAAAUGUCAGUUAACUUUUUUUAAUGGCCGUCCGCGUUGGUUGCUCAACUCUCGAUUAUUUAUUAUUUAACCUCGAACUUUCCACUGAAGAAAAUUCAAAGCCCAGAAACGGUCAGAUACCUAAUAAAUUAAGGUUUUAUUCAGAUAAUGUGUAAAUGAAGCCUGACUAGUCACUUCGCAAUAUAUGGCUCCUUUAAGGAAUAUAUGUCUUAAAAAAUAUAUAUAUAAAAAGAAACCUAACCAUUCGCCACAAGUACAUAUAGUAGUAUUCAUUUUAGAAAGUGUGCGAAUACUUUCUAAGUUGGGAAAGUUUUUUCUGUGUAAUAAAUUAACGUCAAGAUGUCUAUUACAGUCUGAGUUUUUUAUGAGUUUGCAAAAUGUGCAGAGAAAGAUUUCUGUCUCUAA